UACAACUCAAAGAAGACUUAUUGGACUGUUUCACACUAGAUGCCCACAUAUGAUAACAUGGUUUGUGCAGAAAACUAAGGACUGUCGGUGUUGUUGUGAGUGAACAUCAAAGUUUGACAGGCUGGUUGAGGAAUAACGUUGCGGUUAACGAAGAUGGGAACUGCAUUGAUAUAUGAUGAGGAGAUGACCAAAUACAAAUUGCUCUGGAUUGACCCUGCAUGUAAGAUUGAGGUUCCUGAGCGUCUGACUGUGAGUCAUGACGCUUUGAUUAAGACCGGUCUUGCUGAUCGAUGCGUCUCCGUACCUGUGCGCGAGGCGACUGAAGCAGACAUCCUGCUGGUUCACAGUGAGGAGUACUUGGAAGCAGUAAAGAAGACCCCCUAUAUGACUCUGGAGGACCUGAAGGAGUUCACCCUGCAGUAUGGUGACGUCUACUUCCACCCAAACAUCUAUCACUGUGCCAAGCUGGCUGCAGGCGCCACACUGCAGCUAGUGGACAGUGUGCUGACAGGGAAGGUGAGGAACGGCAUGGCUCUGGUCAGACCUCCAGGACAUCACAGUUUGCGCAGUGCUGCCAGUGGAUUCUGUGUGUUCAAUAAUGUGGCCAUAGCAGCUCGAUACGCCAAACAAAAAUAUGGGAUCAAAAGGGUGUUGAUAGUUGACUGGGAUGUACAUCACGGUCAAGGGGUGCAGUACUGUUUUGAAGAUGAUCCGAGCGUCCUCUACUUCUCAUGGCACCGCUUCGAGCAUCAGAAAUUCUGGCCAAAUCUUAAAGACUCAGACUACGACAUUGUUGGCAAAGAGAAAGGGGCAGGAUUCAAUGUCAAUGUACCAUGGAACAAAGUGGGGAUGAAGAACAGUGACUAUCUUUCGGUCUUCCUCCACGUCCUUCUGCCAAUCGCAUACGAGUUUAGCCCAGACCUGGUCCUGGUGUGUGCAGGCUUUGACUCAGCCAUCGGUGACCCAGAGGGUGAAAUGUGUGCCAGCCCCGACAUCUUUGCCCAUCUCACUCACCUACUCAUGAAUCUCGCAGGAGGGAAACUGUGUGCUGUGCUGGAGGGAGGAUACAACUUGACUUCCCUCCCCCAGUCUGUGUGUCAGACAGUUCAAACUUUGCUUGGAGACCCAGCGCCGCGACCUGCAGACCUCGAUGGUCCCUGUACAAGUGCACUUGAGUCCCUUCACUGUGUCCGAUCAGCUCACAAACCGUACUGGUCCUGCCUCAACCAUGCAGCUGAGCUACCCACUGCUGAUGUCAGCACAAAGCAAAUUAAAUUAGCAGAAGAAGAAGAAAAAGAAGAAGAAACGCUAAAAAAGGGAGAAGAGGAGAAAAGUGCAGAGGUGGAGGCUUGGCCAGAGCCUCCUAAACGCAUCACUCCUCCGGUUCGCACUGCUUUAGUCCUCCCUAAAGAUGUGACUUGCCCAGACGGAUGUAAACGCUUCAGCUCAUCAGAGGACCCGGUCAUAGUCAACAAACUCAGGGAGAAUUUCUUCAAAGACUCAGAUGACAGCGAUGCUCUCACAACCCUCUCCACUCUUACUGCCCUUGUAGAGAAAAUGGAGAAGAAUGAGAUCUGCAAUGGCUUGGCACUGGUCCGUGACGUCUCCAUGGCGAUGAAGUGUGUUGUCCAGCAUGCUGCAACUGCUCACCGCAACCGGGUUCUGGUCGUGUGUGUUGGAGACGCAGUGGUGCCGAGUCAAGGCACAGACGAUGGGAAAACACUCCUGGUACAGUUCAGCAACAAGGAGUCAGAGGAACAGAAAAGCAAAUAUCACAUUCCUGUGUGUCUGAAGAAGGGCUGCAGUGACGUGUCGGGGUUCACACAAGCUGUGCUGGGCCUCCUUCUGCCUCUGGGAUACGAGUAUGACCCCGGUCUGGUUCUGUUGGUGCGGAUGCCAGGUAGCGGGCUGUGUGAAGGUGCAUGGCAACAACUAACAGGCCUGCUGCAAGGCCUGGCACAAGGACACACACUGGUGCUCAUGCAGGAAGAUGAGAAGGCAUGUGUUGGCUCCACAGCCUCCUCUCUCCUCGGGGUGGCCGCGCCCUCUCUUGGGAAUCUUCAUGCUCCUCUAAAGGAGGACAUGGAGGCGCUGGAGAGACUGAGACACAGACUGCAGGCGGACUGGAAGCUGCUGCAGACUACAGCACCACAAACUGGAAGAGGUGAUGAGCACUGAAGCCAGUCAGUUGAAGCACAUCAAUCAAAUGUCUUGAUAAAAUGUAGUAUUUUCAAAAAUGUUUUUGUAUCAACGGUGCUUUUUAUCAUUCACACUGUGCCUGAAAUUAAACUGUAUUUUUCAAAACACAUGUUUGGAAUUAAUCAAAGUCUUGUGAACCCCACGACUGAUUGUCAAAUGGAUUGACAGAGCACUUGAUGUAUGGAUUAACAAAUCAAUAAUCAACCUAAUUAAUUUAUUAUGCUUUGAAAAAAAUUGUUAACAUAAAUGUCUAAAUACUGAAAGAAUACAGGCCUGUGCUAUGAAUUAUGAUGACGUUUUUUGUCCCCAAUCGAUAAAUCAAACUCUUAUUUCUGGGUGAAUUUACCCAAAAUCUAUGUUGUCAAAAGUCAAUUUUGUUAGUUGUAAUGGUUGUCACCCUAUGAUGUUAACUGUUGGCAAAAUUGUGAUAUUAAAUAAUAUA